GAUCUUCUUACUAAUUUAACAGAAAUUUUAUCAACAUUUGUAGAUGUAACAGAAGAUCUAAGUGAAAGUAAUUAUAUUACAAAUAGUAUAUGUGCUACAAUGUUAGUAGAAAUUAAUAAAAUUCUUAAAACUGAAUCAACUAAUUUAUCAGAUGAUCAAGACUUUAAUAUUGAUGAACAAGAGGAUAAU